GGGGUGGAGCCGCUGCUCCGCGUCCCGCCCCUCCACCUGGGGAUCGGCCCCGGCAGAUGUUACAACUUUUUCGAAUUCUCUCCCGCGUUGUCCCCUCGACCCGCCCAACUCGUGCCUCCCUCCCCUUCCCUUCUGGGGUCCUGCCCACCUCCCUGCAGGGAGCUGGACUGUUCUAAGGACUCCGGGUGGGGCGAGAGGCCGGGAAAGCAGAGGCGAGAGAAAUUAGGAGGCGGGAGAAAUCCAGGGCAAGAAGGAAGAGGGGAGUCAGAGAAUGGUAGAGAGCACUUUUUGGAAGCCGCCACGCCGCGUCUCAGGCUGGCCGGGCUGAGCUGGGGAAGAGGGAGCGAAGGCGGCUCAGGGCCGGCGCUCAGGCAGCGGGAGACAGCUCGGCGAGGGCCUGACCUCCCCAGAGCGCCCCGCUGCGGCCGCGCAGAUCUGACCCUGCCGUCCGGCAGCCCGUCCCGGACCAGACACUGGGCCGCCCCGGGAGGCGCUGAACGCCCUCGCAGCAUCCAGGCCGGCAGGCCGGUGGUGCGCCCUGGGCGCGCGAGGUGGUGAGGCCCCAGGUGUCUUGCGCGCCGGGACGCGCGGGCCGGCUUGGCGAUGCACGCCCUCACCGGCUUCUCCCUGGUCAGCCUGCUCAGCUUCGGCUACCUGUCCUGGGACUGGGCCAAGCCAAGCCUCGUGGCUGAUGGGCCCGGGGAGGCCGGCGAGCAGCCCACGGCCGCUCCGCCCCAGCCUCCGCACAUCAUCUUCAUCCUCACAGACGACCAAGGCUACCACGACGUGGGCUACCAUGGUUCAGAUAUCGAGACCCCUACGCUGGACAGGCUGGCGGCCAAGGGGGUCAAGUUGGAGAAUUACUACAUCCAGCCCAUCUGCACGCCUUCGCGGAGCCAGCUCCUCACAGGCAGGUACCAGAUCCACACAGGACUCCAGCAUUCCAUCAUCCGCCCACGACAGCCCAACUGCCUGCCCUUGGACCAGGUGACACUGCCCCAGAAGCUGCAGGAGGUGGGUUAUUCCACCCACAUGGUGGGCAAGUGGCACCUGGGCUUUUACCGGAAGGAGUGUCUGCCCACCCGCCGGGGCUUCGACACCUUCCUGGGCUCGCUCACAGGCAAUGUGGACUAUUACACCUAUGACAACUGUGAUGGCCCAGGCGUGUGUGGCUUCGACCUGCACGAGGGCGAGAAUGUGGCCUGGGGGCUCAGCGGCCAGUACUCCACUAUGCUUUAUGCCCAGCGUGCCAGCCAUAUCCUGGCCAACCACAGCCCACAGCGGCCCCUCUUCCUCUACGUGGCCUUCCAGGCAGUGCACACACCCCUGCAGUCGCCUCGUGAGUACCUGUACCGCUACCGCACCAUGGGCAACGUGGCCCGACGGAAGUAUGCGGCCAUGGUGACCUGCAUGGAUGAGGCUGUGCGCAACAUCACCUGGGCUCUCAAGCGCUAUGGUUUCUACAACAACAGUGUCAUCAUCUUCUCCAGUGACAACGGUGGGCAGACUUUCUCGGGGGGCAGCAACUGGCCGCUCCGAGGACGCAAGGGCACUUAUUGGGAAGGUGGCGUGCGGGGCCUAGGCUUUGUCCAUAGCCCCCUGCUCAAGCGAAAGCGACGGACGAGCCGGGCACUGAUGCACAUCACUGACUGGUACCCAACCCUGGUGGGUCUGGCAGGUGGUACCACCUCAGCAGCCGACAGGCUAGAUGGCUAUGAUGUGUGGCCAGCCAUCAGCGAGGGCCGGGCCUCGCCACGCACGGAGAUCUUACACAACAUUGACCCACUCUACAACCACGCUCAGCAUGGCUCCCUGGAGGGGGGCUUUGGCAUCUGGAACACGGCUGUGCAGGCUGCCAUCCGUGUGGGUGAGUGGAAGCUGCUGACGGGAGACCCCGGCUAUGGCGAUUGGAUUCCACCACAGACACUGGCCACCUUCCCGGGUAGCUGGUGGAACCUGGAACGAAUGGCCAGUGUCCGCCAGGCUGUGUGGCUCUUCAAUAUCAGCGCUGAUCCUUAUGAACGGGAGGACCUGGCUGGCCAGCGGCCUGAUGUGGUCCGCACACUGCUGGCUCGCCUGGCCGAAUAUAACCGCACAGCCAUCCCGGUGCGCUACCCGGCUGAGAACCCCCGGGCUCAUCCUGACUUUAAUGGGGGUGCUUGGGGGCCCUGGGCCAGUGAUGAGGAAGAAGAGGAAGAGGAAGAGAGGGCUCGAAGCUUCUCCCGGGGUCGUCGCAAGAAGAAGUGCAAGAUUUGCAAGCUUCGAUCCUUUUUCCGUAAACUCAACACCAGGCUGAUGUCCCAGCGGAUCUGAUGGUGGGGAGGGAGGAAACCGUCCUCUGGGUGUUCCCCCCACUCCGGCUUGGCCCUGCUCUUUCUCAGGGAGAAGCCUGUCACGUCUCCAUCUACAGGGAAUUGGAGAGUGUAGAGUCCCUUGGUUGAACUGGGUGGGGAACCUAGUUGGGGGUGGGUGGGAAUAAACCAGACUGGGAUAUCCGUGUCUCAGUCCUGCCUCCUCACUGACUUGCUCUGUGACCUCAGGUGACCCGCAUGAGCUUUUGACCUUGGUUUCCUCAUCUGUAAAAUGAGCUGUAAUGACUUUGUGACUCUGUGGUGUGGCCCCGGAGCCUGGGGCCAUGGUGGAGUUCCUGGCCGGCCUUGCCACCUGGCAACUCAUUUAAGGCUUCUCCCUUAAUGUGGGAUCUUUAUGGUGGUGUUUGGGUGAGGGGCCGCAUGGGGGGGAUCUCAAGGCCUGGCCCCCAGCGGAAGGAGGCAUGGCAAUCUGGCUGCUUUCUACAGGGACCCCCUGAGCGCUGAGGGUGGAGGCGCAGGGAUCAGGGCGGAGGGGUUGAACCUGGGUCUUCACAUGGCCUAGGCCAGUCGUCAGGUCAGACUGGUGUUGGGGGCUGUGGUGCAAAGCUCUUCUUCCUGCCCCUCCAGGAUCCAGAGAAAUUGGCUGGGCCAUUAACCACUGCAGCACUGAGGGUGGUGGAAACAACUGUGAAGAGCGCCCGAACCAGUACUCAGGACACCUGGGUUCUCCUCUGACCUUGGGCACACUUCUUCCGCUUUAGGCCUUGAUUUCCCCACCUACAAGUGGGGAUGCUAGCCCUGGCUCUGCCUCCCUCACGAGGCUGGGAAAGACUGGCCAAAGCGAGGUUGUGGAGGAGCUUGUGAACUUGAUUAAAGUGUCAUGACGUGGAA